AUGUCGGUGAACAUGGAGGAGCUGCGGCACCAGGUCAUGAUCAACCAAUUCGUGCUGGCCGCGGGCUGCGCGGCCGACCAGGCGAAGCAGCUGCUGCAGGCGGCCCACUGGCAGUUCGAGAUGUGUACUCCCAGCAACACACCUGCCACGCCACCCAAUUUCCCCGACGCCCUGGCCAUGUUCUCCAAGCUCCGUGCUUCCGAGACCCUGCAGAGCGGCAGCCCCAUGACCGCUGUGGCCUGCUCCCCGCCGGCAAACUUCAGCCCCUUCUGGGCCUCGUCCCCCCCCAGCCACCAGGCGGCCUGGAUGCCCCCCUCCUCCCCCACGGCCCACAGCUUUCACCACCUCCACCACCCACAGCCCACGUGGCCCCCCGGAGCACAGCAGGGGGGCGCCCCGCAGAAGGCCAUGGCGGCAAUGGACGGCCAGAGAUGA